AUGAAUUAAUAGAAUUAGUUAAAUUAAAUAGGUUAAGGUAGUAUCAUACAAGCACCUAUACAAAAUUAUGCAAAUAGAUAAUUUAAAAUAUUGUAAUUAAUUGGAAAAGGAUAAGAAGGAUAAGUUUAUAAAGCAAUUCCUAUCGAAUGGGGUGAAAAUAAAUAGGAAGUUGCUUUAAAAUUUUAAUUAAUUGCUACAUAGCACUUAAAAACAUUCUUAUAUUAAAUUAGACAUUAUCAAAAUGAAUAUGAAGUUCUAGAUUAAUCAAAUUAUUAUCCUUCAAAUGUUAUUAAAAUAUAUGAUUUUUUUGACUAUUAAUUCUAUUUUGUCACAGUAAUGGAACUAGGUUAAAUAAAUUUAUCUAAUUAUUUGAAGAUGAAUAAUUUGACACUUCAAUACAAGUAAUCAAUAUGUCUUUAAGUAAUUAAUAUAUACAAAUAUUAUUAGAUCUUAUCAUCAAUAGCAUUUUUACAUUCUUAAAAUACAUUUCAUAGAGAUAUUAAAACUGAAAAUUACAUCAUGGUUGGAUAAUAAGUAAAAUUAAUUGAUUUUGGAUCAAUAAAAACAUAAAAUGAUGGAAAAUUAAAUACAAUAUUAGUAGGUAGUAAACCAUUCUAAGCACCUGAAUUGAUUGAAGGAAAAUCUGAUUAUACAAUGGCUGUUGAUGUUUGGGCAAUAGCUUUAGUUUUUUAUGAAAUUAUUAGAGGAACACAAUUAUUCUAAGGUUUUACAAUAAUAUUUAUUAUUAGUUUCUACAUCUUUAGAAUUAGAUCAAAAAAUAAAAUAACAUAUAUAAAAUCAAACUUUUGUUUAAAAUAAAAUAGAUGAAUUAAUGAUUUCUGAUGAAUGGAAAUUAAUUAUGAAAAGAAUGCUUUAACCUAACCCAAAUGAAAGAAUAACCUCUAAAGAAGCAAAUGAAAUAUUAAUUAAAUCAAACAUGUUGGUACAUUUUAAAAUAUAAUAACCAAGUAUUAUUUCUUAAACUUAGCUAUCAUAAAAUUAAUUAUUAUAAACAUAACCUCCAAAAUAAACCUAAUUAUAAUCAUAGUCAUAAUUUAAUACAUUAUAAAUUUAAAUUUAGAAUAUGAUAUAAUCUUUAUCCUAACCAAUAAGUUUAAAUUAAUUAUAAACAUAAAAAGAAUAAUCCAUCAAAUUGUUGUCUAAUUUAAAAGAUUAAUUAAUAAUGAUAUUAAAUUAAUUAGACAGCAAUCCUAAUUAAAUAACUUUAAUUGAAGAUUCUAAAUCUAAUCUAGAUAGCUAAGGAAUAAAUAAAUAAAAUUUGAAAAAGGAAUUACCAGCAGAUCUUAAGGUUGAUUAUGAAGAAAUGAAAAAUUUAAUUUAAGAAUUUGAAGAAAAAUGUAUUUCAAUUUAAGAAGAAUAAGAAUUAAAUAAAAUAAAAAUUAAUUUAAAGCAUAAAAUAGAAAAAUUAAAAUUGCUUAUUUCAUAGUUGGAUAAUAAAUCAAAAGAUUUGGAAAAACUCUAAUUAGAGUUUGAAUCUUUGAAAUAAAAGUAGAAACUAAAUUUGUAGAUGUAAUAAUUAUAAGAGGAAUCCGAGGAAAUAAAGAAAUCUUUAAAUAAUGAUGUAAAUAAAAAAACUAUAAUUAUACUUUAAAAAGAAAAUCAAUCAUUAUAACAAUAAAUUAUAUAAUUACAAAAAUAAACAAAUACUCUAAAUUAUUAUUAGGAAUAGAAAAACAAAUAGGAAUAACUAAUUGUAGAUUUGAAUAAAAAAAUAAUAGAAGGUGAAAAUAUUGAAAAAGUAUUGAAUGAAUAAAAAAGUGAAAUAAUGAAUUUAAAAGUGGAAGAGCAAUAAUUGGAAAUGUUAAGUUAGGAAAUAAAUAAGAACGAAUAAACUAUAAUAAAACUCAACGGCAAAAUAUAAAAUUUGAAAUAAAAUUAAUAGAUAUAUGAAUAAUAAUAAAUUGAAAUAAAUCAACUUUAAGUGAAUUACUAAGACUACUUAUAAUUAGAGGAUAAGGUAAAGUAAAACAAAGAAACAAUUUUCUAAAUGAGAUCUUAGCUACGCUAAGCGAAUAUGAAUAAAGAUAACAUUUUAAAAUAAUAAACAGAAAUAAAGCAAUUAGAAAAUGAAAUUAAACCUUUAGAAGAUAUUUAAAAAAGAAUAGGAAAUUUAAAUGAAUAAAUAAAGUUUUUAAAGGAGUAAAAGAGUUUGAAAUUAGAAAAAGAAGAAGAGGAAAGGAAUUUAUUAUAAUAAAAAGAAAAGAUGGAAAAAGAAGUGAGAUAAUACUUAAAUAGUUAAGGCAACAAUUAGUUCGAAAAAGAAUAAAAAACAAAUGAGAUAACGAAAAAAUAAUAAAAUUAUUUGUACAUAAAAAAUGUUAGCCCUUAUAAUAAAUGA